GAAGAUCACCAUCUCUGUGGAAUUCGUUGAUGGGAACAACCCCUUCCAGGCUGUGCAAGAAGCCUGUGAGCUGAUGAACCGUGGUAUCCUGGCUCUGGUUAGUUCAAUCGGCUGCAUGUCUGCGGGCAGCCUCCAGACUCUGGCCGAUGCCAUGCACAUCCCCCACCUCUUUAUCCAGCGCUCCCCAGCGGGAACACCUCGCUCCUCCUGCCCACCAACCAGUCGCAUCCCUGGAACAGAUGACUACACCCUAAUGGUCCGCCCACCCGUCUAUCUCAAUGAGGUCAUCAUGCAAGUGGUGUCUGAGUACAGCUGGCAGAAGUUCAUCCUCUUCUAUGAUUCUGAUUUUGACAUCCGUGGUAUUGAGGAUUUCCUGGACCGGACCUCUCAGCAGGGGAUGGACGUCUCCCUUCAGAAGGUGGAAUCUAAUAUCAACAUGAUGAUCACGAGUCUGUUCAGGACAAUGCGUGUGGAGGAGCUGCAUCGCUACAGAGAUACACUACGCAGAGCUGUGCUGUUCAUGAGCCCAGCUACUGCCAAGGCUUUCAUCACUGAGGUGGUAGAGACCAACCUGGUGGCCUUCGACUGUCACUGGAUCCUGAUUAAUGAGGAGAUCUCAGACUACGACUUGCAGGAGUUAGUCAUGAAGUCGAUUGGCCGGCUGACGUUGGUGCGCCAGACGUUCCCCAUGCCCCAGAACACAACUCAGCGCUGUGUCAAACAUAACCACAGGAUUAACACUUCCCUGUGUGACCCUAAAAACCCCAAGGCUCAGCAGCUAGAGAUCACCAACCGCUACAUCUACGAUACUGUGUUGUUGCUGGCCAACACCUUCCACAGAAAGCUGGAGGAUAGGAAGUGGCACAGCAUGGCCAGUCUGAGCUGCAUCAGGAAGAACUCCAAACCGUGGCAGGGAGGCAAGAGCAUGCUGGAUACUGUCAAAAAGUUUGGCGUGAGCGGCCUCACCAGUUUCCUGGAGUUCACAGACAACGGCACUAACCCCAAUAUCUUCUUUGAAAUCCUGGGAACAAAUUAUGGAGAAGACAGGGGACGAGGAGUCAGCAGGCUGGCAACAUGGGACCCAGUUCACGGCUUAAAUGGCACACUGACAGACAGGAAAUUGGAAAAUAACAUGAGAGGAGUGGUGCUACGAGUCGUCACUGUUCUGGAGGAGCCAUUUGUAAUGGUGUCAGAGAACGUUCUCGGAAAACCGAAGAAGUACCAGGGCUUUUCUAUUGACGUCCUUGAUGCCCUGUCCAACUACCUGGGCUUUAAGUACGAGAUCUACGUCGCUCCCGACCACAAGUAUGGCAGCUUGCAGCCUGAUGGUCAGUGGAACGGACUGAUGGGCGAGCUGGUCUUUAAGCGAGCCGAUGUGGGACUUUCUGCCCUGACCAUCACGCCCGAGCGAGAGAGCGUCGUGGACUUCACCACACGCUACAUGGAUUAUUCUGUGGGCGUUCUGCUGCGCAAGGCCGAACGCACUGUGGACAUGUUUGCCUGCCUGGCGCCCUUCGACCUGUCACUGUGGGCAUGCAUCGCGGGCACUGUACUUCUUGUUGGUAUCCUUGUGUACUUGCUCAACUGGCUCAACCCACCACGGCUGCCCAUGGGAUCUGUGUCCUCGACAACACUUUACAAUUCCAUGUGGUUCGUGUACGGCUCCUUUGUACAACAAGGUGGAGAGGUUCCCUACACCACUCUCGCUACGAGGAUGAUGAUGGGCGUUUGGUGGAUGUUUGCUCUUAUUGUCAUCUCCUCGUACACGGCGAACUUGGCAGCCUUUCUCACCAUCUCACGCAUAGAGAACUCUAUACAGUCCCUCCAGGACUUAUCCAAGCAGACAGAGUUGCCUUAUGGUACAGUGUUAGACUCUGCAGUAUACGAUCAGGUGCGCUCCAAGGCUAUGAACCCCUUUGAGAGAGAUCCCAUGUACUCCCAGAUGUGGCGGAUGAUUAACCGCACCGGAGGAGGAGAUAAUAAUGUUGAGGAGUCAAAAGAAGGCAUUCGCAAGGUAAGGCUUUACUUUUUUAAUUACACGUAUGACUUAUCGGUACUAGAGCAUACUGCAAACUCGGACCAGCUGUGCAACACUUAUCAAGUCAAAUCACCAGCGCCAGAUAAUGGAUAUGGACUGCGUUGGCAACAUGGUAGCUCACACAUGUGUGUGUUUCUCCAAAGAAUCUUGGAGCUCCAGCAGAACGGUGACAUGGACAUACUAAAACUUAAGUGGUGGCCCAAGGACAGCCCCUGUGACCUCUACAGCUCGGUCCAGACACGACAGCGCGGCAACGCCCUGGACAUCCACAGCUUCGCUGGUGUUUUCUGCGUCCUGGCCGCCGGCGUGGUGCUCUCCUGCCUCAUUGCCAUGGUGGAAAGCUGGUGGUCACGGAGGAAGGGAUCGAGGGUCCCCUCCAAGGAGGACGAUAAGGAGAUCGACCUGGAGCACCUACACCGCCGGGUUAACAGCCUGUGCACCGAGGAUGAAAGCCCCCACAAGCAGUUCUCCACCUCUUCCGUCGAUUUAACACCCCUUGACAUGGAUGCGCUGCCUGCCGCGCGCCAGGCACUCGAGCAGAUCAGUGAUUUCCGCAACACCCACAUCACCACCACCACCUUCAUCCCCGAGCAGAUCCAAACCCUCAGCCGCAGCCUCUCCGCCAAAGCUGCUGCCGGAUUUUCCGCUGGUUUCGGUAGCGGUGGCGGGGGCGUCCUCCAGGACCACCGGACUGGCGGGGUGGGUCCUUUCAGGCAGAGGGCACCCAACGGUGGUUUCUUCCGCAGCCCCAUUAAAACAAUGUCCUCCAUCCCCUACCAGCCCACAGGUCCAGGACCCAACUUUGGAUAUGGCAACGAUCCAGACAGGGGCACUUCUAUAUGAGGAGUUGCUGAGGAUGUGGUUGGUUCAGGAGGAAGAGGAGGAGGCGGAGGAGCAGGAGGAGGAGGCGAGGUGGCUAGGGUCAUGGGAUGAAACAAAUACAUUAAGGCUAAGCUAAAAAGUCAGAGGAUAGAGAUGUGUACAUAGGAAUCUUUAUGUUUUCAGUUCCUGCUUGGGUGUUUCCAGGGGUGUCCAUUUUGUAUGUGGAGAAGACGGGGGAGGUGGAGGUCUUUUGGGGCGGUCCUUAUCCUCCUGCAGUCCAUGCUGGCGAGGUGCAAAAAGGGAAGGGGGGGGCAGAGGGGGCUUGAAUCUUUGCUUUAUUGUUGUUGUUCUUGUGAUUGUUUGGGGGAUUAUUUUGGGGGAUAUGUGUGAAAAGGGAUCUUUUUUAUUGCUUCUGUUUUACGAUAUGAGAACUGCCUCAUGUAAUGGAGAUCUGCUGAAAUGACCUGACUAUUAUUAUCUAAACCCCGCCUCGGUGGGUUUAGUUUAUACCACUCCGACCACAGGAAACAUAUUCCUGUGAGCUCCAGGGCUGCCAUUGGUGGAUGACAGGUGGUGUCUUUAGCCAUUAAACAACUCAAAGGGGCUUGCACUACUAAGCAAUUAUUGAGUUGUUGUUUUAUGGAGGCGUAUAUAACAAUAGUUUUGUCUGUAGCCCUGGGAAUACAUACAGCAGCCCCUUGUAGUUCUGAAAAGGCUCCAUCUCAGUGAAUAUCGGAAGAUUCCACUUCUCCACUUUUACUCUGCCUUUUCACAAUGUGGGAGUCCAUACUGAGUUUUCUCUUCUCUGGUGUCGUUUCACCAGUACCCACGGUACUAGAUGUGUCGUCAUCUCCGAGGCGGUGUCCACAUGGUGGCCUGAGUAGACUUUACAGCUGAACAUAAGCUGACCCCAUCAUGGUGCAUUGGUCUGAAAACUGCUGAAAUGCCAUGUCAGUGCAACAACAUGACACUGAAUCACCAGUUUGGUGUGUCAAUCUUAAACUAUUUCUGCCAUUUUGGUGCAUCAGCUUGAAACUCUUUUCACCACUUUGAUGCACAUUAAAGACUCUUUGUCAACCCCACUGCACUGUACCAGUGCCCACAGACCUGUAAGUGAUUGUAUGUAGAUCUGACCUUUUCUUUUCU